AUGUCGACGAGCAAAGUUCGAGUGAUCCGACUCGCCCACGUCGUCUAUCAACAUCCAGAUCUCGACCGAGCGCUCAAGUUCCUAUUCGACUUUGGAUUGGUGGAGGAGCACCGGACAGAUACUCGCGUGUAUCUGCGCGGCUACGGCGUGCAACCUUUCAUCUAUGUCGCCGAAAAGUCUCCCGACUCGAAGAGACAUUUCCUAGGCGGCUUCUGGGCUGUGGAGAGCGAAGAGGAAUUUAAGAAGGCGGCGUCGAAACCAAACGCUUCAUCUGUCCAGAACAUCGAUGGUCCCGGUGGAGGCAAAUUCGUCACCAUCGACGACCCCCAUGGCUUCAAAGUCGGCUUUGUGUACGGCCAGAAACUGAGAAAGGCCGAUCGGCCACCACCUCUGGAGAAGACGGAGCCUGUGUUCAACGGCGCAGAAGAGAAACCUAGACUGGGAGCCUGGCGUAGAUUCCAGCGUGGUGCCAGCCCGGUCCACAAACUAGGACAUUACGGCUUCAUGGUCCCCGCAAGCACCUUCGAAAGCUCAAGGGACUGGUAUACCGAUCUUAUGAACCUCAAGGCUUCAGACGCAGUCUUCGAUCCAAGGACAGGAAAAGAUGAGACUUGUUUCCUGCAUAUUGAUCUUGGAUCUGAAUAUACCGAUCAUCAUAGCAUAUUCUUCGCCGCUGCUCCUGAAGAGGCACCUGCCCAUGUCCAUCAUUCCAGUUACGAGGUAGACAAUUUCGACACCGAGACCAUUGGCCACGACUGGCUCAGAAGCAAAGGGUGGACAAAUUGUUGGGGCAUUGGUCGCCAUGUCCUAGGGAGUCAGAUUUUUGACUAUUGGUUCGACGGCUCAGGAAACAUCGUCGAGCACUAUUCCGAUGGAGACCUGGUGAAUGAGGACACCCUCAUGACCAGAAAUCCAGCUGCACCCGACACGCUACAUGUCUGGGGCCCAAAUAUCCCACUGGCAUUCGCUACCGGUCGAAUCGAGGAUGCAGGCAAAGAGCUGCCCAUGCCCCCAGACGUGUUGGAAGGGAGACCGGCGAAAUUGCCCUUGCCCGUCGUGGCUUCUUGA